AUGGCGGAUCUACCCCCACUCAGCAUCAAAUCGUUGGCUGUGGGGCUCCUCAUCCUCUAUUUUGUCCGCAAGCUUAUCCUAUUCGUAUAUCGCUCCUACACCAAUUACCGCUUCGCCACCGCCAACAAAUGCCUUCCUGCCGCGAGGUUCCCUUCCCCUUGGAUCGGCAUCCCGAACUGGUGGAGUAUCGUCAAGGCCGCUCGCACCUCUGAGCACGUCGCCCUCAUCUGCAACCGCUACAAGCAGUACGGAAAUACCAUCACUGGAUAUAUGCUCGGCGCAACACACAUCGCUACCUGCGAGCCCGAGAACAUCAAAACAAUUCUUGCAACCAACUUCAAGGACUGGGGCCUAGGUUCUGCCCGCUACAACAGUUUCUAUCCUCUCCUGGGCCCCGGGAUCUUCACGAGCGAUGGCCCGGCAUGGGAGCACUCAAGGGCCCUGCUGAGGCCUCAGUUCUCGAGAGAUCAGGUCAGUGAUAUCGAGAGUCUUGAUAUCCAUGUUAACCGCCUCAUGGGAUGGAUCGAUAAGUCUGCUGGGAAGAUUGUGGACCUACAGCCGCUAUUCUUUAGAUUUACACUUGACUCUGCGACAGAAUUUCUAUUAGGGGAGAGUGUGAACACACUAUUGGAGGAGGACGAUGGAAAACGUGCAAACGGUCAAAUGAACUUUGGACAAGCAUUUGAUACUGCACAGAAGUAUUUGAUGGUUCGUAUGAGGGCUAGAGGGCUGUAUUGGUUGGUCAACCCCAAGGAGUUUAAGGCGGCAAACAAGAUCUGUCAUGAUCUCGUGGACCGGUUUGUGUAUGCUGCGUUGGGCAAGAAGAACUCGAUGAAAUCAGAGCCGCAACCGGAGAAGAAGAAGUAUGUAUUCCUUGACUCGCUCGUGGAGCAGAACGAGGACGUAGAGUAUCUACGAUAUCAGCUGUUGCACAUCCUACUAGCAGGAAGGGACACUACCGCGUCCCUACUCGGCGCAUGCUUUGUCCUUCUAUCCCGACACCCCCAAGUCUACGCAAAGCUACGGACCGAAAUCCUCAACUCUAUUGGCGACGGAAAAGACGGCAGAAUCCCAUCCUUCGCCGAGAUCAAAGACAUCACCUAUCUCCGCUAUGUUCUGAACGAAACUCUCCGCUUGUAUCCAUCUGUCCCACUCAAUGGCCGUACCUCAGUCAGGAACACUAUUCUCCCCAAAGGCGGCGGGCCGGACGGACAGUCCCCCGUCUUCGUACCCAAGGGCCAGCGAUGCGACUACUCCGUCCGUGCCAUGCAUCUCCGCGAGGAUCUCUACGGACCCGAUGCGGCCAAAUUCCGCCCGGAACGGUGGGCGGAGGGCGCUGGCAAGGGCUGGGACUACCUUCCAUUCAACGGCGGGCCGAGAAUCUGCUUGGGACAGCAAUAUGCGCUGACCGAGGCAUCGUAUACCGUGCUGAGGAUCCUGCAGAAGUAUGAGAGCAUUGAGCCGGCUGAUGAUUUGCCGUAUGAGAAGGUGCCGCUGGUAUCGUCGCUGACGACGGCGCCGGCGUUGGCGACAGUUAGGUUGCAGAAGGCUGCGUAG